AUGGAUCACCGACCACAAGCAUGGGGCCGACCCAGAGACGAUGUCUACGGAGCAUACGACGCCUCCUUCAUGGCUAACAACGGCCCUACCACACAUACUCAACAACCCAUUGUCACAGGAACCUCCGUUGUGGCCCUCAAGUUCAAAGACGGUGUCGUCAUUGCCGCCGACAAUCUCGCAUCAUACGGCUCCCUCGCCCGCUUCACCGACGUCAAGCGUCUCCGUCCCUUCGCCAACGCCUCAGUCGUUGGUUUCAGCGGCGACAUCUCGGACAUGCAAUACCUCGACAGACACCUAACUGACCUCGCCCUCACUGAGGCCUACGAUUCUCCCGACUCCGCUCGCCUCAACGCCUCCAACCUCCACCGCUACCUCUCCAAGCUGCUCUACCGUCGACGAUCCAAGUUCGAUCCCCUAUGGAACCACCUGCUCGUCGCCGGUCUGGACGACAAGGGUGCUCCUUUCCUGGCCGCCGCAGACCUUCUUGGAACGACGUACUCUGCACCAAGUCUGGCUACGGGAUUCGGCGCCAUGCUCGCUCAGCCAAUUAUGCGUCGCCACGCCCCCGAUGAGGAGUCCGUUGCAAAGCUGACCCGCGAGGAGGCCGUCAACAUCGUCAAGGAGUGCAUGAAGGUUCUUUUCUACAGAGAUGCCAGGAGUUUGGACAGCUACUCGUUGGCUGUAGUUACCAAGGACGGCGUGGAUAUUAAGAACGAUGAAAAAUUGGAAGACCAGAGCUGGGCUUUUGCGGAGAGAAUCAAGGGCUAUGGAACUCAGACGGUUUGA